GCCCCGGCGCGGUUGCCGUGGCAGCGCCGCCCGAGGAAGGGCGGCGGCGCCAGGCCGGGACCGUGGCUGGCUGAGGCAGCGACGUUGCCACCCGAGAGCCCGUGGCCUGGCCGGAGGCGGUACCGGGCAGGCUUGAGUCGCGGAGUGCUCCUCCCGGCCGACGGGGAUGCGGGACCGGCUUCCGGACCUGACGGCGUGUAGGAAAAAUGACGAUGGAGAGACGACUCUUGUUGUUGAAAAGGACCAUUUUAUGGAUGAUUUCUUCCACCAGGUGGAGGAGAUCAGGAAUGGCAUAGCCAAAGUAGCUCAGUAUGUGGAAGACGUGAAGAAAAACCACAGCAUCAUUCUCUCUGCUCCAAACCCAGAAGGAAAAAUAAAAGACGAGCUUGAAGAUCUGAACAAAGAAAUCAAGAAAACUGCUAACAGAAUUCGAGCCAAGUUAAAGUCCAUUGAGCAAAGUUUUGAUCAGGAUGAAAGUGGGAAUCGAACAUCUGUGGAUCUUCGGAUACGAAAAACCCAGCAUUCUGUACUGUCUAGAAAAUUUGUGGAAGUCAUGACAGAGUACAAUGAAGCUCAGACUUUAUUUCGGGAGCGAAGCAAAGGACGCAUACAGCGCCAGUUGGAAAUAACCGGGAGGACCACCACAGACGAGGAGCUGGAGGAGAUGCUGGAGAGUGGAAAGCCGUCCAUCUUCACCUCGGAUAUUAUAUCAGAUUCACAAAUUACUAGACAAGCUCUGAAUGAGAUUGAGUCACGCCACAAGGACAUCAUGAAACUGGAGACCAGCAUCCGGGAGCUGCACGAGAUGUUUAUGGACAUGGCCAUGUUUGUGGAGACCCAGGGCGAAAUGAUCAACAACAUAGAGAAAAACGUGACGAAUGCUGCAGACUAUGUGGAGCACGCUAAAGAGGAGACCAAGAAAGCCCUUAAAUACCACAGCAAAGCCAGAAGGAAAAAGUGGAUAAUUGCUGCUGUGGCAGUGGCUGUGGUCGCCAUACUUGCUCUAAUCAUUGGCUUAUCAGUUGGCAAGUGACGGUGUGGCUGAUGCUGGCGCUUGCUCCCGACAGGGCAGCACAACAACAUUGUCAUAGCAACCACAUCCCAGGAGCUGUUUAUCCUUGGAGACUGAGCACAUCUUCAACAAAGUCUGCCUCCUCUCUGCUCUGAGUGACUCUCAGACCCUGCACUGUGCUGGGUGCUGGCUUCUUCCUGGUGAAGCCAGGAGACAGGCACAGUUGGACGUCGUGUGCUGAAAACACCUGCGCCCAAGGGUGUGACGCGGGCCACACAGCCUUGGGCUCCAGAUGGUACACUGCAGAGUUGACAGUGUGAUGCUUGCUUCAGUGGCCUUGAAAUAAGGAAUUAUUGACAAUUUCAAUUCUUAAGAUAUGCAGUGUUGAGAAUGCAGGUCAAGUUUAAUUAGGGUUACUCCAUGUUACGAAGCAUUAGAUUAUUCCCCCCUUCUCCCAGGUAACGUAUAUUAAUUAAGAGGCUUUUUGUACUAUGUGUGUUGAUGUCCUGUUUACAGAAAUGAUUUUUAUUAUCACAGAGUUGUUUUGUAAGAUUUCUAUAAUUUUAAAUGCUUAAUAUAUUAACAUCUUCAUUUACCGCAUUUUUAUAUGCUAAAUAUUCCCAUGUGAAGGAAAUUGGAAGCGUCAUAAUCUGGGGCCAUCUUUGAAUGGCCAUGUGCCGAGUUGCUGUCACCACAGCAAAUGCUGGCAUCAGAGCCUUCCUGCCUCUCAGGUGCCUUCUGUGGGUCUUGACUUGGGGAGUGUGAUGUGCCUGCUGCCCUCCAGGAAAGUCUGACUGUGUAGUUAGCUCAUUUCUACCUGUUCCAGGACUCACGGGAAUAAAUUAUUAGUUACUGCAUUGUAAA